UCAUGUGCAUGCAUUCUGUGCUGAUCGGGGGCCAACCACAGAAGCAACUUCUGGAGAUAGCCCAUGACAUGAAAAUGACAGAUGGCACAUAUGUGUUUAUCCCGUACGACACUCUCUACUAUAGCUUACCUUAUGAUAAGAUACCAUAUGAGAUGCUAAGGCACAACUCCAAGCUCAGAGCUGCCUAUGAUGCAGUGCUCACUAUCACGGUGGAAUCAGAGAACAAAAACUUCUAUGAAGCCUUCCAGGAAGCCAAGGACAGUGGAGAGGUUGUUACCAAGGUGAAUCCCACACAGGUGUCUCCCUUAUUUGGAACCAUAUACAAUGCUAUCUAUUUUACUGCACACGCUAUGAAUAGCAGCAGGAGUCACCAUAACUGGGUCUCUGGCACCAGCCUAGUCAAGUAUUCUAAAAACAUGCAGUUUUAUGGGUUUAACCAGUGGAUAAGGACAGAUCUGGGCGGGAAUGGGUUCACUGGCUAUGUCAUUCUGGACACCGACAUAAAGACCUGCGAGCUUUAUCGGACAUAUUUUGUAGAUAUGGAAACAGAUAUGGUCAGAUACAUGGGAAGACCCAUUCACUUUCCAAACGGUGUCUCCCCAAAGUCAGACUCUUACUGCUGGUUCGCAAAUGGAAAAAUCUGCACUGGAGGUAUUGAUCCUGCCUUUGCUUUAAUGGUGUUUUUAUGCAUACUUGUUGCCAUCAUCUCCAUAAAUGGGCUUGCUUAUGUUAUAAGACGUCGCAUCAAUAAAAUAAAAUUAGUUAGAGGACCUAACAAAAUCCUAUUGACUCUGGAUGAUGUCACAUUUAUCAAUCCGCAAAUUAGCAUCAAGAAAAUGAGCGGUGAGGGCAGUCGCACUAGUGGCAGUGGACAGAUUAUAUCAGAUACCAAAAGUAUGAGGUCACCAAUGAGGUCUGGUUCCAUUAAGAGUUUGACGCCAGCUACCUAUGAGAAUUCCAACGUUGCUGUUUAUGAGGGUGAUUGGGUAUGGAUGAAGAAGUUCCCUUCUGGUGAUUUUGGAGACCUGAAGCCUGGAACAAGCGAUGUUUUUGAAAUGAUGAAGGACAUGCGUCAUGAAAAUGUCAACCCCUUCCUAGGGUUCUUCCAUGACUGCGGGGUCUUCGCCAUUGUCACAGAAUUUUGCUCCCGAGGGAGCUUGGAGGAUCUCCUCCGAAAUGAUGACGUAAAACUUGAUUGGAUGUUUAAAUCUUCCCUUCUGUUGGAUCUCAUUAAGGGCAUGAAAUAUAUGCACCACAGAAAGUUUGUCCAUGGUCGUCUCAAGUCUCGGAACUGUGUGGUAGAUGGGCGCUUUGUGCUGAAAGUGACCGAUUAUGGGUACAAUGAAGUUUUGCACACUCAAAGGAUUUCACAUGAAGACCUUACUGCACUUGAGUUACUGUGGACGUCACCAGAGUUACUGAGGGACCCACAUGCGGCGCUGCAUGGCUCUUUCUCCGGAGAUGUUUACAGCUUUUCCAUCAUUAUGCAGGAGGUAGUGGUGCGUGGACCGCCGUUUUGUACUUUGGAACAAUCUGCAGAAGAAAUCAUCCCAAAGAUUAAAAAGCCCCCUCCUUUGUGUCGCCCCGUGGUCUCUCCAGACCAUGCCCCCAUGGAAUGCAUUGUGCUGAUGAAACAGUGCUGGAAUGAGGACCCAGACAGACGUCCUACUUUUGAUGAAAUAUUUGAUCAGUUUAAAAAUAUCAAUAAAGGGAAGAAAACAAACAUUAUUGAUUCCAUGCUGCGCAUGUUGGAACAAUACUCGAGUAACCUGGAGGACUUAAUACGUGAGAGAACAGAGGAACUAGAGAUAGAAAAACAGAAAACAGAAAAGCUUUUAACUCAGAUGUUACCUCCAUCUGUUGCAGAAGCAUUAAAAAUGGGCUGCACAGUGGAACCAGAGUGGUUUGAUGAGGUUACCCUAUACUUCAGUGAUAUAGUGGGUUUUACUACCAUAUCAGCUAUGAGUGAGCCCAUUGAAGUGGUAGAUCUUCUCAAUGACUUAUACACAUUGUUUGAUGCUGUGAUAGGAAAUCAUGAUGUAUAUAAGGUAGAGACAAUAGGAGAUGCCUACAUGGUGGCAUCAGGCCUUCCCAAGAGGAAUGGUAAUAGGCAUGCAGCAGAGAUUGCUAACAUGUCUCUGGAUAUCCUCAGCUCAGUGGGAUCCUUCAAAAUGCGACACAUGCCUGAUGUCCCUGUAAGGAUCCGCAUAGGCCUCCAUUCAGGGUCUGUGGUUGCUGGCGUAGUGGGAUUAACAAUGCCAAGGUACUGCCUCUUUGGGGAUACAGUAAAUACUGCAUCCCGCAUGGAAUCUACAGGGUUACCCUAUCGAAUUCAUGUCAAUCAGAGCACUGUCAAAACACUUAGAUCUUUAAAUGAGGGAUAUCUUUUGGAAUUAAGAGGAAGGACAGAGCUGAAGGGUAAAGGUGUUGAAGAGACAUUCUGGCUGGUUGGAAAAGAAGGUUUUAGAAAACCGUUACCUGUCCCUCCAGUGACCAAGUCAGGGCAAGUGGGUCAUGGUUUUCUGCAGGAUGAGAUAACCGCUUUCAAACGAAGAAAAGCAGAAAAGCAACUUGCAAGGAAGAAUAUCUGAGCUUUUGCAGAUGCGGCUAGCUGAGAAAAGAACAGAGGAGCAGAUUCUAAGGCCCUGAUCUAAGGCUUAGUGGACAGCUAUCAAAAGCAUUCAGACUUUUGGCCAAUCAAGUAUCUUCAAUUCCACGUACCUGUACCCCCAUUUUGUAUGCCCAUCUUGUGAACACAAGAACCAAUGCCAGCUGCAUUUACAGUACUUUCCCGCAUGCUUCCUAAAUUCCCAAACUAAGAAGAUUUUAGGUUGGGAAAGAAAGUGUGAUUGUUAUUGUUCUAUUUCUGUGAAGGUUGAUCAGUUUCAAUGAUCCCAGAAACUAGAGAAUUGUUCCAAUUAACAACACGUAGACAAGCAUAUUCAGUUCUUAUAUUGAAGGGAUUAUUGAAGUACUGAAAGUCUGUCUGUCUCUUAUUUCAGUAAAUGUGUCCAUUAAAUUAAGAGAUAUAUUUGGCUUGGCAGAAUUUGUACAUACAGAACCAAGUGUACUCAUUGCAGUUUCAUCUCCAUUUAUGGCUGACAUAGCUGGACUGUUAAUGGGCAGUCUCAUGAUGGCAAAGUUCGCUGAGGGCAUGCCUAUCCAACUGCGGCUAUGUGUUCAGAUGGAUCUUUUGGAACUAGUUAGGGGGCAGGUUCAUCAUGAAGAUAUUUACAACUCCUCUUAUGGGCAAAUAUACUCAUUUAGUUCCAUGCAUGCAUUGUUGGAACAGCUACACCAGAUUUGCAUUCAACUCAACAUUAAGCAUAAGUAUAUGUGUUUUCAAGGGAUCAGACCCCAAAGAUGUGAGUACAGGAGAGACAUAACUACUGAGGAUAUUGCAAGUCAUAUGAAAUGUUGCAGGUCCAUCCAGUCAAAUGCUAGACCAGAUUCUAUAAACUUACAGACUCCUUCCCAUAGUCUACCACUGGCUGGAGUUGUGUAGGAAAAAUGCAGCACUAUUCAUCAACAGCUGACAAUUGACUAAUGAUGGUUGCAAAUGCUGCCUAAUUUACCCAGAUGUUUCCAUUAUUGUGCCGCAAUUUAUAUGUUAUUUUAUUAUGCUAACUAUUGUGUGAAUGAAUCAUUAUUGCGAUAUGUUAUAGAAUAAUAGGUUUGGUUGUGUUCUCUGGAGAAACUAUGAAUAUUUUUAGGAUGUCACAAUGUAUUUGUCAUCAUAAUAUUCUCAUUUAAAGAGGCAGUAAUAUGUUAUAAUAUAUAAAAGUAUUAAUCAAUAGUUAAGGUACAAUUCUAAUUAUUAUUAUUAUCCACAUAUGUUGUGCUACAUGUGAUGAUGCCUAAAGAUACACAGCAACACAGAACAGAAAGUUAGUGAGGUUCUUGUUAUAAAAAGUUGCUUUAUAAAAGUUUUUUCACUACUUAUACAGUAUUUCCUUGCUGUGAGGGGGAAUUUACUGUGAAUGGAUGUCACAGUCAAUAAAUCUCUAUAUGUACUGCUCUGUGAGUACUCAUGGAACUGACUUGAAAACCAGGACGGAACCUGCUUGUUACAGUUUGGUUCAUUUGGCAUGUGUAUGAGUGAUGGAGUGUGGUACUUAUAGUGACCUAUUAGACAUUGCGCCUAAUCUCAGACCUGAUCGCUAGGGUGAGUUUUUUGCAUCCCUGCCAUCAGGUAAUCGCCGCCUACAGGGGGAGGGUAUUACCUUUUUGCAGUUGUGGGAUCGCAUUCGUUGGCAGAGCUGCACAAAUAUAAGUUUCUUCAGUCUCCGCACUGCCCAGGACUUACUCAGCCGCUGCGAUGAUCGGGGCUGGAGCUUACGACGGAAACCCUCUUUCAAAAUGCCGGGUCGCGCCUGCGUUUUUACGGACACUCCCUGGAAACGGUCAGUUGCCACCCACAAACACCCUCUUCCUGUCAAACUCCUUGCGAUCAUCGGUGCAUUCCAGUAACGUGCAGUGAGGUCAGUAGCUGGGGAGGCACUGACUUAUUUGUUAACCUUCUCUGAAAGCUAUUGUUUCUUAGGCUCCAAGAAGCCAGUGUCAGUGUUACUCUGAACAGUAUCAGCUUGGCACAAUCACUGGGCAUUAAAUAUUGGUUAUUUAUGACAUAUAUUGGCAGAUACCAAAGAUCUGGACAUUUGAUGUUAGUAACAACUGUCAGCAUGAGAUAGAAGUCGGUUAGUAUGAUUAGAUGAUAGCUGCUUACAUGAUCAGAUUCAGAUGUCAUCCAACGACAUCUACCAUCCAUUCUAACUGAUAGCUGAUUGUAGAUUGGAAUUGGCUAGUUCUCCCAUGAGCAGAUAUUUUUCCCCCAAUAUCUUCAGUUUUCAAACAUUUGUAGUUACUGCACAGUUGAAAAAAUCCUAUCAAGUUCAAUAAAAAAAAAUGUAAAUAAUAUUGGAUUGACA